GGUUUUUCAAUUCCAUCUUUCAAUUCAAAAUUGGUUUUCUCUCCCUAAAAACCAAACACAACAACAAAGACAGCUUUUGGUUUUGUUGCUUCACUGAGAGAGAGAGAGAGGAUGUCCUGAGAGGACCGCUUUAUCUGAAAUAAAGAUUUUGCUUCGCAGAAAGUCAUCUUGGGAGAGAGAAAGAGGUGUAAUAGAAAAAAAAAAAAAAAAAAAAAGAGUUGUCUUUUGUUUGUUUCUAACUUUGCAUUCAAUUCAACUCUCUCUCUCUCUCUCUAGUUACUUGCUACAAGCUAUUCGACUAUAACCGACUCUAUCUUUUUCCGUGGAAGAACAAAAUGAUCUCAAGUGGGAGAAGACACACAAGGCGGUUUCGCCAUUCAUGAGGGUUACCAGAAGAGACCAAAACAACAACAAAGCUUUUAGAUUCUUCUCUUCUGGUCAUGGCUUCCAAGGCCACCAACCCAACACCAACUACUCAAUUGGAACCACUCCCACCACCACAACACCGUCAUCCUCAUCAUCAUCAUCAGAUACAUGACCAUCAUAUUUCUUUCGGAAUGAUGCAAUCUUCUUCUUCAUCUUCCUCUAUCCCCGGAAACUAUGUUCUCAGAAGCAAGGACUCUGGAGCUUAUGACUUGGGGGAAUUGGAUCAAGCCUUUUUCCUCUACCUUGAUGGACAAGCAGACCCCUCUAGUGUUCAAGAUCAAAGACAGAACUCGUCAUCAGGAAUGAGGCCUCCAACUCUCAACAUUUUCCCGUCCAAGCCUAUGCACGUAGAGCCAUCAUCAUCCAAGUCCAAGGCUAACGUGGAGCUAGUUUCUCCGCAAACAAGUGGAUCUAAGAGACCAUCAGAACAGUCUAUGGAGAUGGCCAACCCUCGAAACGAAACUGCUUCUGCCCCUCAACCACCCAAAGCUGUCAAGCGAGAGGGCAAUCGCAAAGGUCCAACGUCAAGUUCUGAACAAGAAGGACCUAAAACACCGGAUCCUAAGACACUGAGAAGACUUGCUCAGAAUAGAGAGGCAGCUAGGAAAAGCAGGCUUAGGAAAAAGGCAUAUGUUCAACAACUAGAGUCGAGUAGGAUUAGGCUUAAUCAGCUGGAACAAGAGCUACAACGUGCUAGAUCUCAAGGCAUGUUCUUAGGUGGAGGUGCACUUAUGGGAGGAGAGCAAGGCCUUCCUGUCGCUAUGAAUACCACUAGCUCGGAGGCUGCAAUGUUUGACGUGGAAUAUGCUAGAUGGCUAGAGGAACACCACCGCAUAGUGUGUGAGCUAAGAGCUGCAGUGCAAGAGCACCUUCCCGAGAACGAGCUUAGAAUGUUUGUGGACAAUUGUUUGGCGCAUCAUGAUCAAGUAAUGAACCUCAAGAGCUUAGUGGCCAAAACAGAUGUGUUCCAUCUUGUUUCUGGCAUGUGGAAGACCCCAGCUGAACGUUGCUUCAUGUGGAUCGGUGGAUUCAGACCAUCUGAACUCAUUAAGAUUAUUCUGAAUCAAAUUGAGCCUCUGACGGAGCAACAAAUAUUGGGUAUAUGUGGGUUGCAACAAUCUACGCAAGAAUCAGAAGAGGCUCUCUCACAAGGGCUUGAUGCUCUCAAUCAAUCUCUCUCAGACACUAUAACAUCAGAUUCUCUGAGUUAUCCUCCCAAUAUGGCUAACUACAUGGGACAGAUGGCCGUGGCCAUGAACAAACUCUCCACGCUUGAAGGUUUCGUGAGACAGGCAGAUAAUCUGAGGCAGCAAACGAUUCACCGUCUGCACCAGAUCCUAACGACCCGUCAAGCAGCAAGGUGUUUUCUGGCCAUAGCGGAGUACUUCCAUCGUCUGAGAGCCCUUAGUUCGUUGUGGUUGGCACGCCCUCGUCCAGAAUAGCAAGUGAUAGUGGUUGCAUGCAUGCAUCCCUAGCUAGCUAUAUAUAUAUAUGUAUGCCCUUAAUUUAUAGAUUCUUAAAUUAUAAAUUAAAUGUUGUCUCUCUUCACUUUGGCACCACCCUCCAUCUCUAUCAGCUGUAUAGAUAGACAGAUAAUUAAUAUAGAAUUAAAUGUUAACAACUGUAGCUAGCUCUCCCUUCCUAUUUCUUUCUUUCUGCAAAUUUUUGAAGGUGUGUAUGGAGCCAUUUUUGUGAAAGAAAGAGAACAUGGAAGGGGGAGGGAGAAUUAAUGGAGGUUGAGUUUAUUAAUAAAGAUAUAAUAUUGAAAGAAA